GCUGACCACUCUACGAUGAACCAUGAAGUCCGCCAGGAAGCCGACCGCCUCGGGCAGCAGCAGCAGCAGCAGGUCCCCUCCGGCGGGCCGGCAGAGGGGUCUGAAGCGCCGGCACGGAGACCAGGGAGCUGAGACGGCGGGCGCGGCCCAGCAAGGCCAGGGGGGGGCGCCCACCACCCGGAGGGCCCAGGGCAGGCAAGAGGGGAGGCCCCGGGAGGUCAGGGGCCAGGAGCCGCAGGCCGGGGUCAGAGGGCAGCCGGGCCGCUCGAGAGAGGCCGAGGUGAGCGCCCCUCCCCGGGAGGAGGGGCGGGAGGGGGGCAAGGCCGAGGGGACGUCCAGCCGCAAGACGGCCACCUUCAAGUCCCGGGCGCCCCGCAAGAAGCUGCUGGAGGAGCUGUCGGGCGCCGAGGGGCGGGAUGACUCCAGCAGCAACAGCAGCGAGGGGUCAGGGGUCAGCGCCCCCGGCCCCGCCCCCGAGGAGGCCCCGCCCCCGGCGCCGGCCGCCGAGCCCCGCGGCGGCGGCGGCGGCGCCAGCUCCUCGGGCACCGAGACGGCCAGCGAGCACUCGGCCGACUGCGAGGACGACGAGGCCGAGGGCUUCGCCCGGGCGGCGCGCCCACUCCCGGCCGCCCAGCGGGUCCUGGCCCGCCGCAACGGGGCCUUCCGGCCCGGCACGCUGCGGCACUGCCGGCGGCACUGCCGGGACCUGGCUGUCCAGUUCGACGGUGACCGGGCGGUCACCUACUUCGAGGGGGGCGGGGGGGAGCUCAGCGUGCUGCUGGACCUGGCCCCCCCCACCUCCGCCCUGGCCCCCGGCACCCGGGUCUGCGCCCGCGCCGGCCCGGCCCCCUCGGCCUACCGGGACGGCACGGUGACCGAGAUCGGGCAGGGGGCGGCCCCUUACCGAGUCCUCUUCGAUCGGGCCGGGCGGGAGGUGGGGGAGGGGGAGGAGGAGGGGGAGGGGGAGGGCGAGGAGGAGGGGGCGUGGGUGCCGCUGGCCGACCUGCGGCUCCUGCGGCCGCCCUGGCUGCCGGAGGAGCAGGAGGAGGAGGAGGAGGAGGAGGAGGAGGAUGCGGCCGCCGCCGGUGCCCGCCCGGAGGGGAGCCCCUCACUCCCGGGCCGCCAGCCCCCCUCCCAGCUCCGGCAGCCCGAGGACGCCGAGGUGCUGACGCUGAGCCUGAGCAUGGGUGGGGGCCGGCGGGAGGGCGCAGCGGGCACGGCCCUGAGGCCGGGGCUCCUGCCUUCCUCGCCCGCUCCACCGCCCCCCCACCACCACCACCACCACCACCACCACCAGCAACACCACCACCAGCACCAGCAGGCGGCCGGCCCUCAGGAUGGCCCAGGCGGCAGCGUGCCGCUGGACAGCCGCCUGACGCCCGGCUCCCGCUCCCGGACCCCCCUGGUGCCCACCACCGCCACCACCGCCGCCGCCGCCACCACCACCGCCACCAGCACCACGGCGGCGGCAGCGGCCGCCCAGCACAAGUACAAGAAGGGCGACGUGGUGUGCACGCCCAACGGCAUCCGCAAGAAGUUCAACGGCAAGCAGUGGCGGCGGCUCUGCUCCCGUGACGGCUGCAUGAAGGAGUCCCAGCGCCGCGGCUACUGCUCCCGCCACCUCUCCAUGCGCACCAAGGAGCUGGAGGGGGCCUCGGACGGCCGCGCCAGUGGCCUGCGGGAGGGCAGCUCCGAGUUCGACUGGGACGACACGUCCCGGGACAGCGAGGCCAGCAGCGCCCGCACCGACCCCCACCCCCGGCUGCUGGCGGCCUCCGACCUCUCCAGCUUCAACUCGGACGAGUGCGACGCGGCCAACAUGCUGGUGUCGCUGGGCAGCUCGCGCUCGGGCACGCCCGGCUUCUCGCCCGUCUCCAACCAGUCGCCCUUCUCGCCUGCCCCCUCCCCCUCGCCCUCGCCCCUCUUCGGCUUCCGGCCGGCCAGCUUCAGCCCCAUCACCGCCUCGCCCAUCAUCCAGCGGGCCUCCUGCUCCUCCUCCUCCUCCUCUUCCCGGCACCGGCACGCCAGCACCCCCAAGCUGGGCGUCCUGACGCCGGAGAUGGUGCACCACCACCACCACCAGCAGCAGCAGCAGCAGCAGCAGCAGCAGCGGGAGCGCCACUCCUCCGGCAUCCAGCCCACCUUCCAGACCAGCCUGACCUUCACCGUGCCCAUGAGCCCCGGCAAGACCAAGGGCCGGGCUGACUGGGGCCCCCAUGGCGGCGGCCCUCCCGCCUCGGCGGCGGUUGGUGACUACCACAAGGGCGACAGCGCCGACCCGGGGGUGGAGACGGCGCUCCACGCCCCCACCCCCUCCAGCGCCGCCGCCGGCUUCCAGGCCGUCUCGCCGGCGGCGGCGGGGCCCUACCCCCGCUCCCGCCAGCCCUCCCCCCUGCUGCUGACCCCGCCUGCCACCAUGACCUCCGACCCCAUGGCGGCCAGCCCCUCGGUGCGGCGGGUGCCCGCCGCCCAGCGCGACUCGCCAGUCAUCGUGCGCAACCCCGACGUGCCGCUGCUGCCCACCCGCUUCACCGAGCGGCCCCUGGGCGUGGGGGAGGGGCCCCGGGGGGGAGGUGGCGGCACCGGAGGGGGAGGGCUUGGGGGGGGAGGGGGCAGCCCCCGGGCGGCCAAGGGGGGCACCAAGGAGCACCACCGCCACCCGGCCACCAGUGGCAAGGCGCCGCUCCAGGCCCCCGUGCCCAUCAACGCCAACCGCAUCCCGGGCAUGGCGCCAGCCGGCUCCCCCGGCCAAGUGGCCGGGGGUCUGGGCGCGGCCGCCACCUUGGCCCCUUCCCGCCAGGAGCCUCCCAUCCAGCCCGUGGCCUACCACCCCUCGCCGGCCGCCCUGCUGCCUGUCAUCGUCCCCUCGCAGCUCGGAGAGUUCAACCACCCGGCUCCCAAGAAGGAGAUCAUCAUGGCGCGGCCAGGAACAGCAAACGGGAUCCGUGGUUUUAUUAACAGGGACACAGAGUACAACAGCCAGGAAGUGAUGUUAAACGUUUAUAAAAUACCGGUUAGGUCCCGGCUGGAGGAUUGUGUCCAAUUGUGGGCCCCGCACUUUGGGAAGGACGUCAAGGCUUUGGAGAGGCCCGGCCCCUCGCCCGCCCCGCUCGCCCGGCCCCUCGCCCGCCCGCUCGCCCGGCCCCCUCGCCCGCCCGCUCGCCCGGCCCCUCGCCCGCCCGCUCGCCCGGCCCCUCGCCCGCCCGCUCGCCCGGCCCCUCGCCCGCCCGCUCGCCCGGCCCCCGCCCGCCCGCUCGCCCGGCCCCCUCGCCCCGCCCGCUCGCCCGGCCCCUCGCCCGCCCGCUCGCCCGGCCCCUCGCCCGCCCGCUCGCCCGGCCCCUCGCCCGCCCGCUCGCCCGGCCCCUCGCCCGGCCCCGCUCGCCCGGCCCCUCGCCCGGCCCCCUCGCCCGGCCCCUCGCCCGGCCCCUCGCCCGGCCCCUCGCCCGGCCCCUCGCCCGGCCCCUCGCCCGGCCCCUCGCCCGGCCCGCUCGCCCGGCCCGCUCGCCCGGCCCGCUCGCCCCGGCCGCCCGCCCGGCCCCCCGCCCGGCCCCCCGCCCGGCCCCCCCGCCCCGGCCCCCCCGCCCGGCCCCCCCGCCCGGCCCCUCGCCCGGCCCCUCGCUCGCCCGGCCCCUCGCUCGCCCGGCCCCUCGCUCGCCCGGCCCCUCGCUCGCCCGGCCCCUCGCUCGCCCCGGCCCCUCGCUCGCCCGGCCCCUCGCUCGCCCGGCCCCUCGCUCGCCCGGCCCCCUCGCUCGCCCGGCCCCUCGCUCGCCCGGCCCCUCGCUCGCCCGGCCCCUCGCUCGCCCGGCCCCUCGCUCGCCCGGCCCCUCGCUCGCCCGGCCCCUCGCUCGCCCGGCCCCUCGCUCGCCCGGCCCCUCGCUCGCCCGGCCCCCUCGCUCGCCCGGCCCCCUCGCUCGCCCGGCCCCCUCGCUCGCCCGGCCCCUCGCUCGCCCGGCCCCUCGCUCGCCCGGCCCCUCGCUCGCCCGGCCCCUCGCUCGCCCGGCCCCUCGCUCGCCCGGCCCCUCGCCCGCCCGGCCCCUCGCCCGCCCGGCCCCUCGCCCGCCCGGCCCCUCGCCCGCCCGCUCGCCCGCCCACUCGCCCGGCCCCUCCACUUCCCCCCGUCUUUCGCGCAUUCGGCCUCUUGCCCCCCCCCCAUCCCCGAACUCUUGUCCCCUGA